AUGGCUCGAAAGGGCAGUCGGAAGACCAGAACUGGCUGCAUAACGUGCAAGAUACGUAAAGUAAAGUGCGACGAGACCAAGCCCACAUGCAAUCGCUGCGCAGCUACCGGCCGUCAGUGUGAUGGCUACAGUCCAGCGCCUUCGCCAGCAAACAAAUCCGAGCUCCGCCGCUACCGACCACACCAUGUCUUUCCGGGGGCAGAGGGCGUCGGGGAGGGCAGGGCCUUGCAGUUUUUCUGCCAGGUAGCCGGCCCUUACAUGUCGGGCGCCGUGGAUCCCCAUUUUUGGCCUAAGCUGGUGAUGCAGUUCACCAGCUUCGAGCCUGCGGCACGUCACUUUGUCAUAGCCAUCAGUACCCUCUGUGAACGUCUACAGUUCCAGGAGGACAUGGCUGAAGAGAUCCUCUUAAAGGACGAAGUUUACGCCCUGCAACAUUACAACACAGCUAUCCACGACCUCAGGACUAUGACUUCUCCUGAGCGAAGUCCCGUCAUACUGCUUGUUUGUCUACUGUUCAUCGCCGUCGAACUCCUACAAGUCAACCGCGAUGAGACCAUAAAGCACUUAAAACACGGAUUUCAACUUCUGAAGAAUACAAUCAGAGACUAUGCCUGGACUAAAGAACACUUACUGCCCCUGUUUUGA